CUCUGUCAUAAACAUUCAAGAAGUUCAAUUAUGAAUCCUGAUAUUGAUCAGAAGAUCUUAAAGUUUGAAACAUUUAUCAAUGAAGUGUUGAAAGAGGAUCUUGCUAAGUUAGAGCAAAAAAUUGAUGCUAAGAAUGCAGAUAUCGGAGAGUUCCUUCAACUAAAAUCGACAAUAACUACUCUUCAAAACAAUGAUUUAGAUAAAAACGGUUUCAAAACUCAAGUAGAUGUAGGACAGAAUUUCUUCAUCGAAGCACACAUUCCUGAUGCCUCCACCAUUCUUUUGGACAUUGGUUUAGGACAUUAUGUUGAAUUAUCGCUAAACGAUGCUCUAGCAGUUAUUAACGUACGAAUUAAAUUACUAGAACAACAGAUUACCCAUCUCCGUAAAGAAGUAGCAAAGACAAACGCUCACAUCAAGCUACUUCUUCUUGGUAUUGGAGAAUUACAAGGCUUCAAAGAGUAACUAAUGUUCCAUGCGCAACAUAAUUUUGUAAUUUCAUAAUUGUACAUAAUCCUGUGCCAAGUAGUUUGUACAUAUUAGAGAUUAUUAUCUGAAUGAGAUUGAAUAAAUAUUGUUUCUCUAUUUUCCUUAAA